GAUUGUUGAAUUUUUUGUUUUGUUUUCGUAGAUUGAUUCAAGAGAUGAAGUUCGAACAAAAGAAGACGAUGAUUGGGCAGCUGCUUGACUUCAUAAUAGAGAUGUUCGCGUCUCAAGGAAAUACCUCCGAUAAUGCGAAAUUGGUAACUAUUUUAUCGGAUGGCAGAGGGAUAUUUUCUGAAGGAGUGGAAAAUGUAUCCACGGCCGUGAGGAAAGCGAAAUUGUUGAAUAUUUUCCUUGUUUUCAUCAUAGUCGACAAUCCCCUUAACAAGGAUUCAAUACUGGACAUAAGAAUGCCAAUUUUUGAAGGUGGUAAACUGUUGGGCAUACGUUCUUACAUGGACAGCUUCCCAUUUCCGUUUUAUAUUAUUCUUAGAGAUUUGGAUACUUUGCCUGCAGUACUGAGCGAUGCUUUAAGGCAAUGGUUCGAAAUUGUUGGCAGGAUCGAUACGUGAAAUAUUAUUUUAUACAUUCUGAUUGCGCAAUCACUAGACAAAUAAACAAUUAUUUUCGUA